AUGGCACACGAGACGACGAUAUCGGAGUUGACGGAAUUGGACAGCGACGGAUCGAGCUGCGGAGAACGCGACGCCAGGAAACGUCUUCGUUUCGAUAUGGAUUCAACGGGGCCGAAGAAGAGGCGAAAACAAACGACGCCCGUGAGAUUCUCUUCCACGUUGAUGCCCGGUGUGCACGAGGAAUCGAACGAGGACGAGGACGAGGACGAGGACAGCGAAGGUAAGCUGUCGUCGCAAUCACCCAUACCGAGUCAAUCGUCGAUAAGAGACGAAAACCUGAAUAACGAAUUCCGUUGCCAAUACUGUAGUCAGUUUUUCGAUAGCAAGGAAACGUUGAACGUUCACCUCGACAAUGAGCACGGUUCCGCGAAUCAGAUGUCGCAACAAAGUCAAAGUAGGUCUCCGAAUGCCGCGAUCAAACAAGAACCGUCUCAGCAACUGGACCAAUCUGAGAACCCCGUUAAUUUGCUUAGCGUAAAGAACUUCGCGAUAAACUGGCUGGCCACAGGGCAACACGUGCAAUCGCACGCGCAAAUGCAGACGCAGAACGAGGAAUCCUGGCCCGGGCCAGCGAGUCAGCUGCCAACGUUGCCCAAUCACUUGCAAAUCCUCUCUGGCUUUCCUGGCGCCUUGGCGCAGUAUCUACCCAUGCCCGCGUUCCCUCUAACUGAUUCCAAUCCCAUCGCGAGACCCUCCUUAGGACCAACGCCGGUCAGGAUCUUUAAUCCGGACGCGUACUGUGAUCUGUGCAAUAAAGAGUUCUGCAACAAGUAUUUCCUCAAGACGCACAAGGCGAACAAGCACGGUAUCUACGUCGAUUCGCCGGGACCUAGCACCGUGGACAAUAGUAUUCCAGGACCUCUGUUCCCCGGCAACUUCCCUACCGGCAUGGUGAAGCUGGAGCUGCCCGUGACUCCACCGACACCGACCGUGCCGUGCGAUCUCUGCCAGAAACGUUUCAAGAACGAGGAGUCGAUGCGCAAGCACAGGCAAAAGAUGCACACCGAGCUACCGGAUCAAUCGCAGGAGCAACAGAUCAACUUGUCGCAGCACGAAGAUGACAGGGACACCUCGAGAGACAGUCUUGGCGGUAUCGACACGCUGUUCAAGCAAGAGUACGGGAUUGAGCAGGAGGAUGCAACGUUCGUGCCAGCACCCAGACACCUAUCGCCUCAAUCGAUUCAGCAGGCACGAGAUUCGGGUUUUAACGCUGAUCGCCUUCGUCGUUUAGGGGUCAUAAAUCCGGACGCGUUUUGCGAGAUAUGCUGUAAAGAGUACUGUAAUAAGUACUUCCUGCGAACGCAUAAAAUGAAGAGGCACGGUAUCAUCGUCCAGGACAACGAAAGGUCGCCCAGUAAUCCAGGAUCAACGCCUAGCUGGCAUCAAGUGCAGACCAGUCCGUUAAAUCUGAUCGUGACGGAGAAUCCUGGUAGCACGGAGUCGAACGAACGAAUCGGCGACGAUUACGAGUGUAAACAGUGUGGCAUACGUUUCCAAACGAUUGGCCUGUAUCAGGCACACUGCCGGAAGAUGCACGACAGCGAGGAGCAGCAGUCGCCCAGGCAGGAGUGCGAGCUGGAACCGACGGAUCAACGAAACGAUUCGAUCUCGAAGAAUCUUCAAAAGUUGCAGACCAUGCUGUUGCAACUGAACGGACUCAAGUCUGCCAAGGGGCUAUCGUGCAACGUGUGCGGAAAAGAAUGCGAGACCAGAGCUGCUUUGCAUAUUCAUAUGAUAACGGAACACGGUGGCAUCAGCGAAGAUUCCGCGUCCUCGCCGCAAGAAAAGUCACCCUUGAUCGCGACCACCGCGUUCUGCACCCUGUGCGGCAAAGACUACGUCAGUCAAGAUGCUCUCAGAAAACACAUCACCGAGGAACACCAGCCAACGAUUUCGAGCACCAUCCCGCACACUCCUACCACCACGGCCACCACCACCAAUUCGAAUUCGGCGAGCCAGACCCCGACCGAGAGAAAAGUCACAUCGAUGACCCCCACGUCCAGCUAUUGCGAGAUAUGCAACAAGGAAUUGUGCAAUAAGUACUUCAUGAAGACGCACAUGCAAAGGAUGCACGGUAUCGAGAUCGAGAACGGGGCUCAGAUCGGGGGCGUGAUAUGCAACAUUUGCAACAAAGAACUCUGCAGCAAAUACUUUUUACGCGUUCACAAGCAUAACACGCACGGCAUAGUGGACGAAAACGCGUCCAGUUCGGUGAAGCAAGAGAGUCACGAGGCAACGAACGCGGAUGACACGGCAUUAAAACCGGAACAACUCGGCGACCUGAGUCACAGAUAUUUCACCCACUUUACGGAGGUCUGCCCGAUCUGCAGCAGAAGGUUCCGCAGUAUAAAGUGGCUGAAGGCUCACCUGAUGGGUGACCAUGGGAAAACGGGCAUCGAUAAAUGGCGCGAAAUGGAGCAACAGUAUCAAACGACGCCCAAGUCGGGAAACAGAGCGGUGAACAUGACGUCGAAGAACACGCAGCAAAGCUCGAAUUUGAAGAUACCGAACGGAUUCGAAAUCUCGCAGCAACUCAAGACCACCGAUUACUCUGGCUUGGGUAACCAAGUUCUAUCCAACUUAUUGGGCUCGUCUUCGGAAGAUCAACAGCUGAAGAGCUAUCGUUGUUCCUAUUGCAAUUUCACCACCACCGUGCUCCCGUUCCUCUUCCUUCACGAGAGAUCUCACGUGAGUUCCCGAGACAACGUGGAAGGGGAGAAGUCGCUUCAAUGUCCGAUCUGCUCGCAAGGCUUUCAUCAACCGGAGAUGCUGCAUCAACAUCUACUCGCGUCGCAUCAGUUUCCAACGUUGCUGCCUCAUUUUCAACCCCCCGUGCUUAACAGUUUGGGCCUGGACGCGGAGAAAUUGAGCGACGUCAAAGAGAAAUUCGAUCUAGAAGCGAAGGAGGAUCGUACAGGGAACAGCCCCCAAGUCACCGCCAAUCAAAAUAUCCCCGAUCCGAUGAGAAGCAAACGGCAGGACGACACGGCGGUCCAAGUUACUCCUCAGGGUGUAUAUAAGUGCGCACAGUGCGGUUAUGCGACGACCAAUUUGAAUAGGAUUAAGAAGCACGUGAGAAAGGACCACAAAACGAUCGGGGAUCCUACCGACAGCGUGCUCGCCGAGCUUAGCAGAACUUUGAAGGACGUUGCCAACAGGCACAAGGUGCCAGCUUGCUACGCGAUGCCACAGGAUAUGAACUCGAACCCCGACAAGACCAUCAUGCAGCCUUUCCUCAUCGAGGAACAGGACACGCUGCAAGUCGGCGAGGAGUCCAGCUCGGAAAAGCGAUUCGCCCCGGCUUUGGUCUAUCUGCCGGUGAAAUCGCGAAUCAACAACGCGCUCACCGCGUCCUUCACCCUCAGUCCCGCUUGA